CCAGUACCGCCUCUUGGCGGCUGCAGAGGUACCAUGGCCGACGACGGCGGCGGCCCUGACGAGGCGCCCAGUCCGCGGGGCUCCCCGGGUCGGGCGCCGCGAGUUCAGCGUGCGGUCGGGCCAGGCAGCGGCGGCGGCUGCGGGGAGACCCCGCGGACGGCGGCACUGGCGCUGCGCUUCGACAAGCCCAUCAAGCAGGCCUUCUACAACACCGGGGCGGUGCUGUUCGUGUGCCUGUGCUGCGGCGCUGCAGUGCUUGUCUACUUCAUCCUCGAGGCCUUUCUGCGGCCGCUGCUGUGGGCGGUGCUGUGCGGCACCUUCCUGCACCCUUUCAAGAGUUCGCUGACGCGCCUGGGCCGCCACUGGCUACAGCGCCUGCAUCGCUCGCACACGCCCAUCGUGCUGGCCGCACUGCUGCUGCCACUCUGCUUCGCCGACUAUGGCGUGGAGGCCCUGGGUGAGCAGGCGCUGCGCCGCCGCCGCCUGCUGCUGCUGCUUGGCGCCGGCGGCCCUCUCCUCUACGGCCUCUACAGUCUGGGCAGCUACCUGGGCGUGCAGGUGCUGCUGGUGCACGUCGGCGUUCUCAUCUGCCGCGGGCUGGACUAUUUCAGCAGCCUGUGGAUCUGGACGUUGGUAGUUGGCUAUGUGUUGGCUGUUUCAUUCAAGUGGAAUGCAAGCACUGAACGCUACUUGAGAGCAAUUUCAAUUCCUGUCUGGAUUAUAUUGCUUUUUCAUUUAGCAUCCCUGGCUGGCUCGUGGAGAAUUCCAGUAUUCCUGGUUAUUGUUUUCCUGAUGUCUGUGGGCACCCUUUAUGAAAAACAGAAUGGAGCAGAGUCAUCUGGAGCAGAGUUACCAGGGCAAGUUAUCUCCAUGGCAGCGUCUACUCUUGCAACCUUGGCCAUCUCAAUCACAGGGUACGAGUCAAGCACUGAGGACCAGCCCUCUACCCCGUCUGCAGGGACAGAGACCAUGGACAGAGGAGAACCCCCUCCAACGAUAUCUUCGUCUUCUUCACCCUCCUCCCCUUCACCCACCUUGGGCAGACAAAGGCCUGAAAUUGGAUCGUUUCUUAGAAAGAAGAAAACUAGUGAUAUCUACUUUGUGUCUCUCGUUUGGGCCAUCAUUGGAGUCCAGAUCUGGUUGAACCUAUGGAUUAUACAGUUGCUGCCAGUGCCUAUUGCCGUCUGGAUACUCAAAAAGCUUGUUAUUCACUUUGGUGUUGUGAACUUCCUGGAGAAGCGGUGCUCCGUGUGGUGGCAGGUUAUAGAGCACUUCCUGAAGGAGCGGCAGGAAGCCCUGGCACCAUGGCCAAUUAUCGGGCUUGGAAAAUUCUUACUAAAAGUGGAUAGCAAGCUCUGGCACUGGCUAAAUAAGAAGAUGAUCAUCUGGUUGGAGAAGAUGUUAGACAAAAUAAUUAGCAUUUUCAUCAUAUUUUUGUUAGUGAUAGGAACCCUUCUUUUAGCCCUACUCCUGACCGCAAAGGUACAUCAAGAGAGUGUACACAUGAUUGAGGUCACAAGCAAUUUGAUUAAUGAAACUCUAGCAAAUCACCCUGAAUGGGCAAACUGGCUUCCUGAGGCUCAGGUAGUCCAAAGAGCCCUCAAUUCUGCGGCUAACAAUGUGUAUCAGUAUGGAAGAGAGUGGAUAACACACAAGCUUCAUAAAAUUCUUGGAGAUAAGGUGAACAAUACUGCUGUAAUUGAAAAGCAAGUACUAGAACUUUGGGAUAGACUGUAUCAUUCUUGGUUUGUAAAGAAUGUAACGCAUUCUGGGAGGCACAAAGGACACAAGAUGCAUAUAAGUCGUCAGAACAGCUGGCUGGGAGACAUUCUAGACUGGCAGGAUAUCGCUUCCUUUGUCCACGAGAACAUUGAGACAUUUCUAUCGAUCUUAGAGUCUCUGUGGAUCGUGAUGAGCCGGAACGUGAGCCUGCUCUUCACCACUGUCACCACGCUCCUGACCAUCCUGUUCUACAGCGGGACUGCCCUCCUCAACUUUGUUCUGUCUCUGAUAAUUUUCCUGACCACACUAUUUUAUCUAUUAAGUUCCAGUGAUGAGUACUACAAGCCGGUGAAGUGGGUGAUAAGCCUGACACCACUAUCUCAGCCAGGUCCUUCUUCUAAUAUUAUUGGCCAGUCUGUGGAAGAAGCUAUCAGAGGGGUGUUUGAUGCUUCCCUCAAAAUGGCUGGCUUCUAUGGAUUGUACACCUGGCUGACUCAUACUAUAUUUGGCAUCAAUAUUGUCUUUAUACCAUCAGCUUUAGCGGCAAUCCUUGGAGCAGUGCCAUUUCUGGGCACAUAUUGGGCAGCAGUACCUGCAGUUCUAGACCUGUGGCUUACUCAAGGCUUAGGGUGCAAAGCCAUCUUACUGUUGGUUUUUCAUCUCUUGCCAACAUACUUUGUAGAUACUGCCAUCUAUUCUGAUAUAUCAGGAGGUGGCCAUCCGUACUUGACAGGUUUGGCAGUGGCUGGAGGAGCAUACUACCUGGGCCUGGAAGGAGCCAUCAUCGGGCCCAUACUUCUCUGCAUACUUGUGGUCGCUUCCAAUAUCUAUAGUGCCAUGCUCCUGAGUCCCACGAAUUCAGUGCCCACACCGAACCAGACCCCAUGGCCUGCUCAGACUCAGCGGACUUUCCGUGACAUUUCUGAAGAUCUGAAACCUUCAAUAGACUGACUUGGUUUACAACUGCAGUGAUUUCUCUAGGAAAUUCAACCCUGACUGAGUUCAGCUCAGCUGUGGCCUCCUGUCCUUUCAGCUGUGCCUAGCAGACAGAGCCCAGGAAAAGAAGCAAAAGCCUCCUGGCCUUCCAUACAGAAUGCCCGGACAAGAGAGGACUUGCUGUGUGGACUGCUUUGCGUUUUCAAGCACAGCUUUAGAGCUCAGAGAUGUGGUUUAUUCACUCAACUGUUGCUAAGACGGAUUGAAAAGUUUCAGUUUAUACACUGGUACUAUGGCUUGAAAUUUUCCCACUUUGAAUAUCUGUAUUAUAAUAUGUAUUUAUAAAAUUUUCUUAAGAGCCCUAAACUACCUGCUAUCACGAGUGUAUACAGUGUCAUUUUCUCCUGUUUUAAGAAACCUGUUCUUAAACUUUUCUACUGACAGUCACUUUUCAAUGAAGAGGCUUUGUCUUUUGAGAAUGUAGUUGCUUGAGCAGGAACAAUGAGUCUUCUACCCUUCUCCUACAAUGUUGGUUUUCUCUCCAAGAAAGAGAAAACCUUUAGUGAAAAGGCAGGUGGCUUAUUUGAAGUUCAGUUAGCUGUCUCUUGCAGCCAUAGGAGACACAGAAAGACUGAAGCCCUUCCUCGCCUUUCGUCUCCCUCCGUCCCCUAUGACGCUAUUGCCAAAUUUCUAAAACUUGUUUGACCACACUGAAACUAAAUACUUAUUAAGCUGCUAGUAAUGGUAACAAUAUGAUAGAACUCUUGUUGUGAUUCUUUUUUUUUUCUUUCCAAAUGUUUUAAGUAAAAAAAUCUCAGGUGCAGCAGUGCUCUGAUUUGUUAAAUGUAUCCCUGUUUGACAAUUUGGAAUUUGACCAAUUAGUUACUUAUUAGCAGUAGAAUUUUAUAUCUGUGAAGUAUUUUCCCAUCCCUUAGCACAGUGCCUUGCACAAAAACUCUAGAUGAAUGCUUGCUGAAUUACAUUGUGACUUUUUAAAUAUCUCAGAUAUCACAGUAACCAGCAUAGUGCUCUACAUUUUGCAAAGUCUUUUUGCACAUCUUAUUUCACAACCACUUCACAUCAACUUUUAUAUAGCUUUAUAUUAUUUUACAGCAGUUGUACACAGAUGGGGAAGCUAAGGUUUAGAAAAGUGACCAACUCAAAGUCCUAAAGUUUAGUACAAUGUGACCUCAGAUCUUUCUGACCCCAUCGUCGGCCAACUUGGCUAUAUGUUUCUUUUAAUACUUUACCACUUUUUCCUGUGCUGUGAAAUAGAACAAGUGUUCUGUUCUAUCAGAGUCUUGUCCUGCGAUUAAUGACAGGGCUGGGACUAGAACUCAGCUCUUAGCUUUGUGCCCUUUCCACUGUAUAAAACAAUCAUCAGGCUCUUUCUCUGCCCCAAGGGGAUGUGGAGGAGAAGAGGUUCUUACGUAACAAAGGUUUCCUUUUUGGAAAACAUUUAAAAGUAGAAAUCAUUUGUUCUAAAACAUCUUCUCAUUAAGAAGCAUAGUUACUGAUAAUUACCUUCAAUUUAUUCUGAUAUACUUAAGAAAAACUCCAUCUAGAAAAGAGGCUACCAUGAGGUCUUUGUUUAUACAGUUGACUACACACAGUUCUCUUUAUUCUUACUAUGAAUCCUUCAACAAUUAUAAUCUGAUAUUCGAUCAAGUGUUAAAUUUGGCGCUGAGUAACUCAUUCUUUUCUUUAAUCAUUUGUUCAGUCAUUCAUUCAGUAAAACACUGCUUGAGAGUUUGCCAAACUCUAGGUUCCAUGCCAGGCAACUAUACAGGGUGCUAUAGGAGAUAACUCAUAAGAAGGCCUUCUCUCACCUUAAAUCUUAGCCAGAUCAUGUGUACUGCUAAAAUGAAAAGUUUUGCAUUAAGGAGUUCCUAUUGUGGCGCAGUGGAAACGAAUCCGACUAGGAACCAUGAGGUUGCGGGUUCGAUCCCUGGCCUUGCUCAGUGGUUUAAGGAUCCGGGGUUGCCCUUAGCUGUGGUAGGCCACAGACAUGACUUGGAUCCCAAAUUGCUGUGGCUGUGGCGUAGCCUGGCAGCUGUAGCUCCAAUUCGACCCCUAGCCUGGAAACCUCCAUAUGCCACAGGUGUGGCCCUGAAAAGCCAAAAAAAAAAAAAAAAAAAAAAAAAAAUUUUAACAGUAAAAGUCUUAAAGAAAUCAAGCUUGUUUUUAUUAAUGGUAUACUAUUAAGUUUACAGCUUUGAUUAGCACAUUUAAAAGAUGCAAAUAUUAUGCACAGUGAAUUAGUGUGCAUAAUCAAAUUAUGUUCCUCCAAAGUGCUUUUAGCUGUAUAAAGCGAUUUGCAAAAAUAUAAACUUGAGCUGAUGCAUAGCUGUUGCUGGUCAUAAUUAUUAGCAUGAAUACCAGGUUCUUAGACUGGGAGGUGGGGGUGGGGGUGGUCUCUGAUUCCUAAGAGAAUAGUUGAGAGCUGCCAAAAUUAUCAGUGAUGUUUUAUCACCCUGAAAUAUCAGGAGCAGAGCUACCCCACAGUACUGCCCAGUCCAGAUCAGGAAACCUGAACUGCCCCAGUACUCCAGCAACACCCUAAGGACUCAAAGGUCGACCUGUUGGAGGAGGUCUUCCUGGAACCCUCAAACACGAGAGAAACGUGCCUCCUCAGAUACAGUAAGGAGGUUUUACAGAUUGUCACAGGGUGUAGAGGUCAGAUGGUAUGAAAAGGUAGGAGUCUCGAGCUCAAAUCUCAAAGAUGAUUCUCAGAAUUUAACCCAGAAAGAGAAAGUUUCCUUAGGAACAGGUAAUGCACUGAUGAAGCAGAAGUAGCUUCAGUAAAAACUGAGUACAGAAAUCCUGUCCCAAUGUCCUGCAUUUUAGAGCUUUAUUAAAGAUCAGUUGGAAGGUCCCCUUUACUGUUCAGUUGUAAACUGAAUGGAGGAGUGGGAGGAGGGGAUAAAAAAAAAAACUCCCCACACUCUGUGCUCCUCUCCUUUCUCAGAACAAGGCAUGGGAUUUUCAGUACAAAUUCCAUGUAAGUCCAGCUUCAGUUCCAAAAUUCCUGUCACACUCUCUUUCUGGAAGUGAUCUCUGCCAGGCUGCCUUAGAUACCAGUUUUAUUUAUUUUUAAAUUUGCAAGGAUUCCUUACACCCAUUUCCAUUAGAGGUGGUUAGCUGGCAGAGUUUUCCCUUGACUUCUGAGACUGCUACAGAUCAACUCUCGAUACCCAAGAAGUGUUAUUUAAACAAACUCAGUAUUUAGAGACAGCAGUUUAUUCCAGUUAAAGGACCCACAGAUGAGGUUCUCUGGCUAACAACCUUGGUCUUUUUUUUUUUUUUUUUUUUUUGCCUUUUCUAGGGCCACUUCCCACGGCAUAUGGAGGUUCCCAGGCUAGGGGUCAAAUCGGAGCUAUAGCCUCCGGCCUACCCCAUAGCCACAGCAAUGCGGGAUCCUAGCUGCAUCUGCAAUCUAUGCCACAGCUCAUGACAACGCCGGAUCCUUAACCCACUGAGCAAGGCCAGGGAUUGAACCCACAACCUCAUGGUUCCUAGUCGGAUUCGUUAACCACUGAGCCACGACGGGAACUCCCUAGCCUUGGUCUUAACAAGAACCUUUUGUGACCCAUCAGGACUUCCCAGUACCCCUCCUUCCCACUUGGUUGUAUUUAGCACUUCAGGAUGUAUCACUGCUGACCAAGAGAUGUUCAGGUUGACCAUGUGGAGUUAGAUGAGAGCAUAAUAAUUUUAAGUAAGCUAUCCAGAGCUUUCCAACUUCAAGGUUUAUAGCAAAACCCCUGCAGUCUCCUCUUAAGUGUCUUCCAAGACCCUUACACAAGCAUUACAGUAGGCAUUUCACAGUAGAAAUAGCCUCUGGCAGCAUACUUCCAAAUGUUAGUUCCAGCCAAGAACAAGUAUUUUCUUGCUUUUAUUAAUUCCUUGUCUUUACACAUUUUGCCAUCAAAACAUAUUCAUUCACUUGUUGAGGGCCUGCAAGAAAUAUUCUUGCUAUCUGAAACCACUUAGGGCUUUUUGAUAGUUUAAAAGGAAUCAAGAGAAUUAUAAAUCAAGAUGGUCUCUCUGCCCCUUGGAGUCAAAGGAAUUCUGUGCUAGAAUGGGCCUUAUGUAAUUUAGAUGAUCUUGUCUUCUAGAGAAGGAAACAACAGUUCAGAGUAGAAUAAAAAAUAAUAUAAUAAAAAGAAUAAUAUAAAAAGAAUAAUAAUUCUUUUUUCUCAGUCCAUUAUUCUGCCUUCUCUUCCCUUUCCCUCAUAGUUGAGUAGGUUUUAGGAAAAUGUGUUCCUUAGAGCAGUAGUAGUUCCAAGAGAUGUUAUUAGAUGUUAUAAGAGAACAGAAAUGUGUAGGAGGUGGGGGGAGGGGACUCCAUGGUCAGUUAAAAUUGAGGAAUGCUGAGUGUGUAUCCUUUCUGCACGACUUUCAAGAGUUUUUAAUGUGCUGUUAUAUAUUGUGAAUUUUUAAGAGAGGACAAAGACUGUUUACAAGACUUACUUGACCUUAAACUGAGCCCACAUCCUCCUUUUCUCAGAGCAUCUCAGAGGACUCCAGGUCCUUUGGGAAACAGGUCUCGAAAGUUUACAGCUCUUUUAGAAGACACCCCUAGUGGAAAUUCUGAAUGGCAAAUCUACCAUGUAAACGUUAAUACAUCUCAGAGUUUAGUGAGAUACCAGAAAGAAAACAUAUUCGCCAUUCAGAGCUAUACAUUAAGUAUAGAGAUUCUUUUCCACCUAUGGUGUGUAAAAUCAGUAUUUGUGUCUUAAUUUUGAAAAUUUUUUAAAGAUCAGUUAGUGUGCAAAUACAGCGGUGAUGUACUGACACUGCAUUUUAAUGAUGCUUUUGUAUGGCACUUUAUAGUUUGCAGGCUGCUUUCAUAACAACCCUGUGAGACAGGCAGGUGUCAAAUAUUACCAGAUGAAGCACGGGGAGGCUCAGAAAGGUUUUUAAUGUGAUUCUUUUCCCCUUAAGUUUAUACCACAAAAUUAUGGAGCCAGAAUUCAGUUGCAGAAAUUCUGAUUCCAAGACCAGAGGUCUCCUACUCCAUACCUGGGUUCUCCUGUUUAAUUCUAGCUUUAUAUUUUACUACGAAAGGUAUGGAAGCAAAUCUUAAACAUCAUUUUGGCUUACUAUCAAAAACUGUUUUUAGAGUCCCCGUUGUGGUGCAGUGGAUACGAAUCCAACUAGUAUCCAUGAGGACUCAGGUUCAACCUCUGGCCUCGCUCAGUGGGUUAAGGAUCCGGUGUUGCCAUGAGCUGUGAUAUAGGUCACAGACACAGCUUGGAUCCCCCAUCACUGUGGCUGUGGUGUAGGCCUGAGGCUGCAGCUCCAAUUCGACCCCUGGCCUGGGAACCUCCAUAUGCUGUGGAUGCAGCCCUGAAAAGCAAAAAAAAAAAAAAAAAAAAAAAAAACAAAAACCAAACAGUUUUCACGGCAGUGACCCAGAAGGUGUAACUCUGAUUGUAAUUAUCCCAAAGAAAAUCCUUCUUUAUCCUUUGCAGUGCCACUUGACUAGGUGAUUGGAGUGUAUAUCAAAUACCAUUUGAUUUUGAAAUUGAGAUUGGAUGUAUAAUUGUUAUUGCUUAUGUUACUUGUGGCAAAUAUAUCAUCUCUGCAUCCCCAGGCAAAGUAGAGAUGGUUUGAAAG